AUGUCAGACGAUUGGAAUUCAGUUACUAUUAUUGGUAGAAACGCCAGAGUUGGUGGUGGUGGACCAAGACAAAACGUUGCUAGAACCCAAGCACAAAUUAACGAAGCUAGAAGAACUGGAGGGGUUGUUGGUACUGAAAAAAAAUAUGGAUCAACUAAUACCAAGAGUAAUCCAGAAGGACAAAGAUUGACUAAAUUGGACAAUACUGAUGAUGUUAUUCCAACCAAAAAAUUGGACGGUAACGUUGGUAAGGUGAUUAGUCAAUUUAGACAAGAAAAGAAGCUUACUCAAAAAGAUUUAGCCACCAAGAUUAAUGAAAAACCCAAUGUUAUUAAUGACUAUGAAGCCGGUAGAGCCAUUCCAAAUCAACAAGUUUUGGGGAAAUUGGAAAGAGCUUUAGGAGUUAAAUUAAGAGGUAAGAACAUUGGAGAACCAUUAUUUGGUAAGAAGAAGUAA